UGAUGAUGAUGAUGAUGAUGGCAGCAGGCAUAUGGUCUUCGACGAGGCCCCCGAGGGCCCUGUUCGUCGGGCCGCGGCGGCCCGGUCACGUGGCAGGAGGAGCUGGAUAUGGAACCAGUUCUUUGUGAUCGAGGAGUACGCCGGGCCGGAACCGGUGCUGAUCGGGCGGCUUCACUCGAGUGUGGACAAGGGUGACGGCAGCACAAGGUACACCCUGAAAGGGGAAGGGGCCGGCUCCGUCUUCGUGAUUGACGGCCGCACGGGCAACAUUCAUGUAACCAAGCCGCUGGACCGUGAGGAGAAGGACCAGUAUCGACUUAUUGCCACGGCAACUGACCGUCAGACGGGCCGUGCCCUGGAGCCCUCGUCCACGUUCAUCAUUCGCGUGCAGGACAUCAACGACAACUCGCCUGUCUUCCAGGACGGGCCCUACAGCGCCACUGUACCUGAGAUGGCCAACAUAGGUACAUCUGUUAUCCAGGUGACAGCGACAGACGCCGAUGAUCCCACGUAUGGAAGCAGCGCUAAGCUGGUCUACACGCUGCUGCAUGGACACGAGUACUUCUCUGUGGACCCACAGACAGGCAUCAUCCGCACGGCGGUUCCUGAGAUGGACAGGGAGGUGCAGGAUGAGUACCUGAUAGUGCUGCAGGCGCGGGACAUGGGGGGCCACCAGGGGGGGCUGACAGGCACCGCCACCGUCACCGUGCACCUGAGCGACGUCAACGACAACCCGCCCCGCUUCGCCCACAAUGUGUGGUCGUUCUCCGUGUCGGAGCUGGCCAUGCCAGGGGUGGAGAUCGGGCAUCUCACGGCAUCUGAUGCAGACCUCGGCGACAACGCCAGGCUGGAAUAUUCCAUCGUGGACGGCGACGGAGGGGACACGUUCAACAUCAGCGGCAUGGACCAAGAGGCCGUCAUCCUGCUCAACAAGCCUGUGGACUAUGAGAGGCGAAGCUCCUACUCCCUCUCGGUGGAGGUCCAGAACCCCAUCGUGGACGCCCGUUUCCUGCGGAGGGGACCCUUCAAGGACCGGGCCAUCGUGCAGGUGACCGUGCUCAACGCAGACGAGCCCCCCCGCUUCUCGCGCUCCCGCUACCGGCUAGACGUGACGGAGAACUGCCCCCCCUCCUGCGCCGUGGGACGCGUGGCUGCUGUGGACCCAGACACGGGCCAGAGCAGCAACAUCAGGUAUUCCAUUGACCCCGAGAGUGACCCUGAGGCGCUAUUCCGCAUCGCCCCGGACCACGGCCUCAUCACCACCACCGCCGAGCUGGAUCGGGAGCGCGAGCAGUGGCACAACAUCACCGUCAUCGCCACACAAAGAGACAACCCCAGCCAGGUGACCAGAGUGGGAGUGGCGAUCGAGACUCUGGAUGUGAAUGAUAACGCCCCCGAGUUGGACAGACAGUACUCCACUGCCGUGUGUGACUCCAGUGGCCCCGGACAAGUAGUGCAGGUGCUGCAUGCGGUAGAUAAAGACCAGGCGGUUGGGGAGUCACCGGUGCACUUCAGCAUCCCCUCCGGAACCAGCGCAGCCCUCAACUUCAGCAUCAGAGAGAGGGAAGGUCCGAUCGCCAACCUGGUUCUCCUGACUUCCCUGAGGCCCCAGCACAGCUCCUCCUCCUCCUCCUCCUCUUCCACCUCCUCCUCAUCCUCCUCCUCCACCCUCCACACCCUGAGGGUCCCCGUAAUCACCCAGGACGGCACCUCCGACCUCAGCAGCACCUCCACGGUCACGGUGGUGAUCUGCCCCUGCCAGCGGGGUGGCAUGUGGGUAGAGGAGAGGAGGCGCCACCUGCCUGGCAAGCCUCCACCACCUCCUCCAGGACCUGGCAUCGCCACCACCGCUGCCACUGCUGCCGAGUGGGAGCGCCACGGCGUCUGCGUGCCCGUGCCCUCCGCCUCGCCGCUCCUGGGCUUUAGUUCUGCUGCCAUGCUGGCUGUGCUGGGCUGUGCCACCGCUCUGCUGGUGGUGGCAGCUCUAGCGCUGUCCCUGCGCCGCCAGAAGAGAGACGUGCUGUCCACGACGGAGGAGGACGAGAUCCACGAGAACAUCAUCACCUACGACGACGAGGGGGGCGGCGAGGCCGACACGGCCGCCUUUGACAUCCUGGCCCUCAAGAGCGCCCCACACAGCGCCCUCAAGACCCACCGCCUACUCGACAGCCGCAACAUGUACUCCCAACACAACUUGGACAGAACCUACAGCUGGAGCACUAACGCGAGCGCGGACCAGCGUCGGCCCGGAUCGGCGCCAAUGUACGGCCGCUACUGCUACAGCAUCCACACUCUGCCCGUCCUCAAGCACACCAGCCACCACGCCAGUCCCUACAGCACCGCCGGCAGUGGCAUCAGCGGCAUCGACCUGGCCAAGCUGCCCUCCUACGGCCUACAUGGCAAGCGGGCCGACCCGACUCUGGUGAUCCAGACCCACCAGGGCAACUACGGUCCCAUGGAACCCGCCGUGGUCUGCGUCCGACCCGCACGGCCCAGUAGUCAGGACGGGUCCGAACACAAGGCGGCGGACGGGUCCACGGAUGACAGCAAUCCCAAAGGGAGCGAGGGAGGCAGCGAAGCCACCUCUGACAGCCAGAUCAUUAACCAAGACCAGCUCUCGGACCAGACCCUGAUCCUGACGAGCCCCAGCCAGAACGGCUCCUGUCUGGAGAACAACAGCAUCUCCUCCCUGAGCCAGACGGACACCACUGCGUCUCUGCCGUGUAUUGACACCACCACGUCCAGCCCUCGGCUGCCACCGUCCUCCGUGGCAUCAGAGUCCUCCAGGGGCCACGGCAGCAACAACAAACACAAGGACGGUAACAUCAUCCACACCAAUGCCACCACCGCCGCCGCAAGCCCAGCUGGGCUGCAGAAGCCCCCCCACCGGACGAUGGAGGGCACCCUGUACAGAGGUGGGCGCAUUCCCACGGUGCCACCCGCCCCUGUUCACUCUGACAAGGUGGGCAUGCUCAGUGUGUUCGCGGUGGGUGGGAGGGACUACGUGCCGCACGUGAUGAUGCCACCGCCACCGCCUCCGCCGGGGGCACCGUUUCCUGGUGGAAUGCUGGGCUACGGAACAGGGUGGGGCUUAGGCAGGGGGAUGCCCGCCCCCAGAGUCGGCGGCGGGGCCAGCGGCAGCUCGGACCUGACCAAUCGGAUGGGCGACUUCCUACAGCACCGUCUGGCGCAGGUGACCUUUGACCCCCUGCAGCCGCCGUAUGACUCGGUGCAGACGUACGGCCUGGAGGGCAGCGGCUCGCAGGCGGGCUCCCUCAGCUCCCUGGAGAGCGAGGAGGGGGACCGGGAGCUGGAGAACGGCGGCAGCAGCCUAGAGGAGUGGGGGCCCAAGUUCAACCGGCUGGUAGCCAUCUACCGAGAGAGGGAACAAGAGAAAGUGGCGAAGGAUAAAAAGGAAAUGAAGGAGGAGGAGGAGGAGGUUGGGGAGGUUGGGGAUGGGGAGGGCGAGGCGGCAAAAAGAGCCAGGGAAAAUGCAGGGGUCAGCAGCGAUAUGACAUCUGAAGAGAGGGCCGAGACAGGCGGGUCGGAGGGAAAAAGACUUAAUGACAAACCAAAGGUGCAGGAGAUAGUGACUGAGGUGCCAACGCAAGACGAAAAGGGUGAGGAAAUAGAACUUUAA